UUUUUAUUAUUUUGUUUUUGAGACAGGGUCUUGCUCUGUUACCCAGGCUGCAGUGCAGUGGUGUGAUCAUGGCUCACAGCAGCCCCAGUGUCCUGGGCUCAAACGAUCCUCCCAACUUCGGCCUCCCAAAGUGUUAGGAUUGCAGGAGUGAGCCAUGGCUCCUGGUCCAUUCCAGACAUUUUAUAAAUAUUAACUCAUUUAAUUCUUCUAACAACUCAAUACCAUUUAUAGUUUCCUGAUGAGAAAAUUGAGGCACAAAGAAGUUGAGUGACUUGCUCAGGUCAUGUAGCUUAGUAAAUGGUGAAGCUGAGCUUUGAAUCCAGGCAGUCUGCCUCUAGACUCCCUGCUCUGAACCCUUCUGAUUUCUAUAGCUUCUCUUCCCCCAUUCUUCCUCAUAAGAAAUAAGUGGUUUAUGGUUUUGCUCCAGUGUUUGGGUUUCUUUGUGGCCACUCAAGAUCAACCAAUUCUUCGGGAAAGUGAAACCCAAGGCUCCACUGCCCAGCCUGACUGACUGCAUUGACACGGUGGACAGCAGGGCAGAAUCCAAGAAGAUUUCUUGAUUGGAUGCUGAGCUAGUGAAGUAUAAGGAUCAGAUCAAGAAGAUGAGAGAGGGUCCUGCAAAGAGUAUGGUUCAGCAGAAAGCCUCGCGAGUUUUAAAGCAAAAGUGGAUGUAUGAGCAGCAGCAGGACAAUCUUGCCCAACAGUCAUUCAACGUGGAACAAGCCAAUUAUACUAUCCAGUCAUUGAAGGACACCAAGACCACGGUUGAUGCUAUGAAACUGGGAGUAAAGGAAAUGAAGAAGGCAUACAAGCAAGUGAAAAUCGACCAGAUUGAGGAUUUACGAGACCAGCUAGAGGAUAUGAUGGAAGAUGUAAAUGAAAUCCAAGAAGCACUGAGUCGCAGUUAUGGCACACCAGAACUGGAUGAAGAUGACCUAGAAGCAAAGUUGGAUGCACUGGGUGAUGAGCUUCUGGCUGAUGAAGACAGUUCUUAUUUGGAUGAGACAGCAUCUGCACCUGCAAUUCCAGAAGGUGUUCCCACUGAUACAAAAAACAAGGAUGGAGUUCUGGUGGAUGAAUUUGGAUUGCCACAGAUCCCUACUUCAUAGAUUGGCAUCAUUCAAGUAUAUCUUGUAAAACAAACACAUAUUAUGGCACUAGGGGACUAGGAAAUAUUUAUCUUUCCAAAUUGACAUAACAGAUUUACGUUUCUUUCCUUUCUUUGAAGGAAAGUUUAAUUACAUUGCUCUUUUAUUUUUUCCAUUAG